GCUCCUGACAGCUGUGAAACCGGAGUCCAGCCGCGGUCUGCGAGGACCGGAGCCGUUAACUCUCUCAAACUGACGGGGUUUGAUCAUGGACACCGCGGUAACUUCGUUAGAAACGGCUGUCGGUGUGGUUUAACGCGAAGUGCUCUGUAGAUUAGUUCGGUAAUGAUGUUCCGUGUGUUCUCGCUGGCGGCGGAGCGCGGGAGACAGAAGCGGCGGCUCGAGCUCAGUCUCGCGGAGAUCUGUGAGCUCGAGCUGCUCAAGCGACGGCACGAGGCGAUGGUGGCCGGUGCGCUCGCGCUGCACUCUCCCGAACCCGAACCGGAACCCGAACCCGAGCCGAAGACAGCCGAGCGGACGAGCGACGACCCGAGCCCUCCGGACGGCUCGUGGAGUCUGAUGAACAUCCUGCAGCAUCAGGUGGGAGAGCUGAAGGUGGACUCGGACAGCAGCUCAGUGGAGCCCCCUACUGACCUCUCAGGCUUCCCUGAGCAGGCUGAAGGUCUGUCUCUUGUCGAUGCGUCUGACUCUUCUGGUCUCGGAGAGAUCUGCUCCGUCCGGCUUUCUGAGAGACUCAAGUCUGUUGGAGAUGUGUUGGUCAGCUGUGAGCUGAACGCUCGCGCCGCGGUUCCCCGCUCUUUCUCCGCACCCUAUCCGCCUCUAGAGGGCAUCACUGAAGACGAGCCGUGGAUCUGGCAUCCCAGUGAGGAAGAACCCGACGCAGACGACUACAGACAGACGCAGCAUGCAGAAAUGUACAUCCUGGGCCUGAUCCAGCGGCGCUCGCCUCCCGCCCGACCCACUAAACCCCGCACCAGCCUUGGACCUGAUGCCCGAGCCGUGGUCCGACAGAGCAGUCUGUGCCGCAAGGAUCCGCCGUCCAUCCCUGAGGAGAGACAUGCAUGCUAUCCCCGACUCGCCGGGAUGCGCUGUGGGGCUCUGGAUCCCAGCAGCAGCGAAGCCGAAUCCUAUCCGAACGCUCGCUCGGCAUCGUCCGACGAGCUUGUGAACGCGCAGUACAUCCCAGCGCAGCCGCGCCACGCUCCCACCGCUGCGCACCGAACACACGCCGCUCACAAACCCACCACCUCACAGCUCAGAGCCACGGCGAAGAAGUGCCGCUUCACAGAGGACAAGAUUGCGCAGAAGAAACCUGGAAGGAAAGCAUGUCGUGCUCAAUCCGAGAACAGCCUGCUUGGGCAAAGAGAGCGCAAAUAUAACACUAUGGAGCGCGACGCUCAAGCCAAAACACGACGUGGCUCCGGUCACCGCCGCUGGCGCUCCACGCUAGAACUGAGUCAGGACGAAGCAGAGACGCCUCCUGAACAGCCAAUCAGACGCUCACGCAAACCUCGGGUCUACGCCCAACCACACCUUCAUCAUCAUCAUCAUCAUCAGUUCCCACCAGACGGCUACGCGCUCCGAGAGUCAGAGUCCAGUCUGAGCGAGGCCGAGUCUCCCGGCUCCAGCUCGCUCUCCAGUGACUCCGACGAGAGCAGCGGAUUGGUCUGGCCACAGCAGCUCCGCCCACAGCUGGCUCCGCCCUCUCCAUCACACCCACUGCAGCCCAAAGCCUUCGUGAAGAUCAAGGCGUCGCACGCGCUCAAGAAGAAGAUCCUGAGGUUCAGGAGUGGAUCACUGAAAGUCAUGACCACCGUAUGAGCGACAAACACCGGACUCAUCAGGAUGACCCUUCGCAGGGAGUUUGAUUGACAGCUGAUCUGACCAAUCAUUACGCCGAAUCUGCUUUUGUCUGACAAACACUCCAGACAGGACUAGUAGAUUUAUGGUGGACUUGAACCUUAAAAACGUUACAUUGACAUCUUUACACAGUUAAAACAAGAUACCUUCUGAUGUUCAUUCUUGUUUAUUUCAUGCUUGAAGUAUUAGUAAAGCAGACGUUAUGUUUGCAAAAAGGUGGAACAUUUCCCCAAAACUUUAAAAACAUUCCAGAAAUGAAAGAAACUUCCAGGAUUUUUUGGAAUCUGUGCAUUUUUGGAAAGUUUACAGAAAAUUAGCAGAAAUGUUCCACCCCAUCAGCUUGAACUGAGGCGUUUCAGUGAUUCGUCACGUACACACUGCAAGUUUCAGGAGUGACUGUUUAAAUGUGAAAGGCCAGGUUAACCACCACUUUCGAUUAAUGGGUACAUAAAUCACUCAAGAUAUGUAUAGCAUUUUUAAAAUGGCUCAAAAAUGGUCUUAAAGACCAGUUUUUUAAAGUUUUUGUUAUUAAUGACGUCACGUUGGGGAGCAGUGGAGGAAACGUAGCCUCAGCCUAAUAUGAUGCCGCCUUCCAGGCAACCCAUAACCCAUGUUUUUCCAGUCUUAAACCCGUGAAAGUGCACUGGAACGGCAGUCAAACCCGUGACUUCCCACCGUAAUUUCGAACCAGCCAGACGUGAGAGGGCAAAUGAGGAAUUGCCAGGAACUGAUGUCCGUCAAAGCUAAUUAAAUGCAUGGUCCGAGGAGAAUGAGUGGAGAGUUGGUGAAGUGUCCUGGUGCUGCACUUGAGCUAGUCUACGAGCUGGGGUCGCUGUUGGUCGAUAUCUCUCUAUCUAUCUGUCUGUCUGUCUAUCUUUAUAUCUAGUCUAUCUAUAUGUCUAUGUAUUUAUCUAUAAUCUAUAAUAUAAUCUAUACUACUCGUCUCUA